AUGGAACAUAUGAAAAAUCAUCUGACUCCAAGUAUGUUGAUGACUAGCACUACCGUCACUCCAUCAGUGUUAACACCAUUUCAAUCUUGUAAUACUUCCAAGUGUCGUGCAAUAAUAGCAGAUUAUUUCUCAAAAACUUGGGCAUUCAAUACAGUUGAGUUAACGGAAUGUGCACAUUGUCCAUCCAUGACAACUGCUGUAAUGAAUACGGACUGGUUGAAUUUGUGGUAUGAAGAAGAUUUCUUUAUUAAAAAUUCCACUGAACAAGAUCUUGAGAAAAAGCCAGUAUUUGGUAUCGUAAGUCAUUGCGCAAAAAGAUGCUUUGAACAGUUAAUGUGUGUGGGAUUUGCAAGAAAUAAGAACAUAGCAGAUGAUGCAAACGGUGAAUGUUGGCUAAAAAAUAAUAUUACAGUAAAUCGAAUUUACAAUCAUCCUGAAUGGCAUGCAUUUGUUUUGAAUAUUACAUCUUAA